GCAGCGCUCUGCGUCCAGCUCAUGGGAGGAUCCACCGCUGAUUAUCUUGAGGAGUUUGAUGCGACGCAUGGCCAGACUAUUCGGUUCUUUAUGUUGAAGAACCUGUAUGAUUCUGCUUUGGAGGAGCAUCGAUAUGAGGAUGCUGCCCGGAUUUGGCUGGUGAACCAGCUUGGCGCGACGCUCUUUGCCAGCAAGAGUGGGGGAUAUCACACAACUGUCUACUAGAUUGAGAUGCUGGAGGACCUUGGGCGAGUGUCAGAAUGUGCGUGGGGCGCGAUUGCGCUGUCUACGUUGUACGACCAGCUUAGUCGUGCAUCCCGCAGGAAGACAGCCCAGAUGAGAGGGUUCACCUCGCUCUUGCUGUCAUGAGCAUAUGAGUACCUUUCUGACUGCGUCAUUAUCAAGAGGGCGAUUCCAGACUACUCACAGGACCAGCCUAGAGCGCAGCGGUGGUUUACGUCCCGGAUCUAGCAUGCCGGACUCGAUGAGAGAUGAGUCAUGCUCGAUGAGCUUACGGUGGAUGACAUCAUAUGGACCCCAUUUAAGGACCAUCGGGCUCAUCGACCGCGGGAUCCGAGGGCCCUCUAUUCUGUCUACAUCAGGACACCUUUCGGUCGGGCUGUGAGCCGACAUCUACCAGAGAGGGUUACGCGCCAGUUUGGCUACAUACAGGAUAUCCCUCGACACCCCUCUGAGAUCCAGACGACGAGGUCCCUUGCUGAGACCGCAGAUGCUGCUUAUGCUGACUACGUGCCGCACCUGGUCCCUCAUAGGAUCCCUGCUAUACGUCCAGGAGACGAAGUGUCAGAUUACAUGAGGUGGUAUAGCAGAGUGUCCCAUCGAUUCAUCAUCCCUGAUGAUAGGAGGGAGGAGCUCAGUGCCGUGUCUGCUAUGCGUAGGGGUGUGGAGAUGUUUGAGCAGUCACUGGAGGUGCCAGUGCUCCUGCAGUAGGCACACAAGCCCGACUCCUCACUAAGAGGGCGCUCGAACUUUUUAGAUCGAGUUCCUUCGUUGGUACCCAGGGAGUUGCCUUUGCUGUUGUUCGAGGAGCCGCAGCUGCGGGAGGUGAGCUCGUGGAGGCAGAGCCCGUGGAGGCAGAGCUCGUGGAGAGGGUGCUCCUGGAGGUAGAGCUCGUGGACCUAGAGGAGGUCGUAGGGGUCGGGGUCGGGGAGAGUGAUUUUAUGACUCUUGUAUGUUAUGUAUAUUUUUAU